AUGUCUGUUAACGUGUCAAGACCAACAAGAUCCAAUUCUGAUCCUUCGCCGGCCCGCCAAACAAGGUUGCCCCCUCUCAGCUCGAUCCUCAACAAUUCGCCCAGCGAGCCGGGUUUUCCUCCGGGCACCACGCCCCAGCGCAAGGUGACGUUGCCGUCGAUCGAGCACAUCACGUCGAGUCCGAACUACAAGCGGUCCAACUCGUUCCCGUUGUACGCCUCGCCCGUGACUCCGGUGGGGAACCGUGUGCUACCACCCCCACCAAUGUUUUCGCAAACACCAACAACAUCCACAAUAAACCCCCACCAACCUCCACAACAGCAACAAAACCACAAGUUUGCCGUCACCCCACACAAGUCGGGCAAGGCCAUGUUCACCUCGCCGCCAAGCGAGGGCAAGUCGUUUGCAUUCAUCUCGCACUCGGUGUCCACGUUCCUGUCCUCGGAGCCAGACAUUGACAACGCCCGGCUGGCCAGACGCAAGAGAAGAAGAACCUCGCCCGCAGAACUCGCAAUUCUGCAGUCCGAGUUCGAAAAGGGCAACACCCCUAAUAAGAUGAGACGGCUCGAAAUAGCAGCCAAGGUGGACAUGACCGAGAAGGCGGUGCAGAUCUGGUUCCAAAACAAAAGACAGUCGUUGCGCAAGAACAACCAGAACAUCAAGGAGGUGGUGCUGGACAUCCCAAAGCGGCACGACCUGGACCAGCAGCUACUUUCUGCUGCAAAUACAAGCGUCGAGGACGACUCGGCCACGUCCGUGGAGUCGUCGCCUGCUAUUUCGCCAAAGGAGGAAGAUCUGCCUCCAAAGGGCGUGUUUAUGACGCCAAUGAAGACGCCCGUGCGGAAGACUGCGCCAAUGUCGGUGACUCCAAACUCGUCCACAAUGACGUUCAAGUUCAAAGCCAGCGAGCUGGGGCUACCAACUCCCAUGACACAGGCUGUGCAAAAACGCCAAAAGCCGGUGAUGCGGUUGAGCAUGAACAAGAAACUGGGCAACGUGCUGAAGGAUACCACGAACGUGCACAACAAGCAAAACAGGCCCCCAUCGCAAGGAACGGGCAAGACGGACAUCGAAUGUGUGGAGAACCUGCUGAGUUUAAGAGACCAAACUCGGGUUUAUCCACUAUAUUAUCUUAUACCUAUGCUAGCUGCACUCGCGUUCGCUCGCGUCGCCCGCUUAUGGUCCAACCUUACCCCUUCUACCAGUAGUCUUAGUGUGCUGGCCUCUCACUCUCAAUCUCCAAGAGUGUCUCAAACCACGGUGGGCUCUCAUUCUCUUGAGUCUCUCCAAGUCAUCUCUCAACUUGCUCUCCAUGUUGUUAGCAAGAACAUGGUAGUCCUUUCCGUCAACAACAUCGGCCUGUCUGUUCAAAAACCAAGCUGGGAUCUUGUACUGGGUUGGGUUUUGCAUGAUGGUGACGAUUCUCUCCAACUCUUCUUGGGUCAACUCACCAGCUCUCUUGGCAAGGUCAACGUCCGCCUUCUUGCACACCAAGUUGGCGUAUCUUCUACCAACACCUCUAAUGGUGGUGAGCGCAUACAUGAUCUUGAUUCUUCCGUCAACGUUGGUGUUGAGGAGACGCAAAAUGUGCUGGAACGAGCCAGAUUCUUGAACAACAAGUCCCAUGGUGAUUGCGUACGCUCCACGGUAUCUGAUUGGCGAGUUGGCGUCUCCAACUCUGGCCAUUCCGCUUCCCUUUUGCGGUCUAAGUUUGUGUCUGGAGAACUUGUGCUGACUUCUGUCGGGCGGGUUGGACGCUCCGACACGGAUGUUAUCGAGCUCCAUGACAACGGCAAGCCACAGGAUGUCUCUUCUGAUCGGGGUGUUGAGGAAUGCAUUAUGGACGGGGAACAUGGCGUGGGGUUCAAGCGACGGGAACGAUCGCAGCGUGGCCAGCGUGUAUGCCGGUGGGAUAGCCCUGUUGGGGAACAAGGGCUCGGCCGCAGUGGCCAAACGACGGGUUAUAACUCCAAAUUUGGACACAAGGGACAUCAACAAGGAGUUUGA